AUGGCCAGGCACAUAAGAACAUUCAAGAUGAUGUGGGCCGUCGUUCUUUUCUGUCAAUUUAGCAGGUUAAUUCUGGCCCAGUCAAAUCCUAAAUGCUUUGGAGAUGAGACUUUCAGAGCCCCAGCUAAUUCCGACAUAGAAGUGACGUGCGGCUCUGAAGUAGUGUCUCUGGCCAUUCUCAUUUGUCCGAUUCAAUUCAACGGAUACAAUGAGACGCUGAUGUCCCUCAACUCGCAACAUUCCAACCCCUUAUGUCACGGUGUGGUGGACUGGGAUGCCACGCCGCCGGUUCUCCGAUUCAACAUCACCAUCUCGGAGGAAGCCAUUACCGAGACUGGCAGCAGCCUCGAAAUCACCCAGGAGGAGGGCAAUAGCCUUAUGGGCAUGAAUCAGUAUGUCAACAUCUCCGGGACAAUAUGUUCCCGCGACCCGUCCAUUGGGGCCAUCACAUAUCACCAGGAGGUCAUGUACCGCUUCUCCUGCCGCUAUCCUCUGCAGUACCUGAUCAACAACACCAGGAUGCAUGUGCAAGGUAUCACGCUGGCGGUCAAAGACACAAAUGGAAGUUUCAUCAGCACCUUAAGCAUGGAUCUGUUUGGAGACAAGACGUAUAGUGAUCAGCUGUCCAUGCCAUUAGAACUAAAAACCAGAAUUUAUGUCCAAGUGAAAGCAUCUAAUCUGACAAACAGGUUCCACGUUCUCCUGGACCGUUGCUACACCACUGACACGCCGUUCUUCUCCACAGAAUCAUACUACGAUCUGUUUGUGGGGUGUGACCGGGACGUGCAGACCGUUAUGGGUUCUAACGGAGAAAAGCAGGUUGCCCAGUUCUCCUUCGAGGCCUUUCGUUUCAUGAAAGACACAAACCGGACCAUCUCCACCUACUACGUCCACUGUGCCACCAGGCUUUGUGUGGAUUCCAUCUGCCCCGCGCUUGUGCAGAACUGCUCAUCGAACCGGAGGCGUAGAAGGUCCAGCGAGCCGGACACUUCAGUGAGCGAUGUGGCCACGGUCACCUCCAAACCCAUUACUAUUCACAUAGACAACGGGUUUCUUCUCAACGAUGGUCUUGGAAGUCAGUCGGAGAAAACUGUGGUGACGGUGUCGGUAAUCGCAGGAAUAGUCGGAGCCGUCUGCGUCACUCUCGUGGCUUUUAUAGUCUACAACAAUUACUACGGCAACAGGACGCCAGGACUGGGGAAGACCAUCCUGAACUCACAGGACUGUGCUUAA